AUUCAACAUUUCAAUCCACAACUCAGUCUCUCUUUCACCCGUCUCAGGAGCCUCUCUACCCUCUCACCAUACAAUUCUUACAAAGAAGCAAAUCACAAUCGACUUUCGAGGCUUCGACUGAUUCUUCUUUUGAAUUUCUGGUAAACGGGGAUGUUGUCACUGUCCAAUCCAAGCUUCUCUCUGAAGCAGCUGCCUACUGUUGUGUCAGCUCGUCCAAUUUCUAGUACAAGGUUCAGUUUCUUCAGUCUCAUUGAUCAUCCACAAAGAAUUAGCUUGGGGUUUCAUUUUUCUGGUAGCUACCAAUGGAGGGCUCGAGUAAGAGAAUUUGCCCGAGCUGCGCUUUGGGAAGAUCCUAAUAAUGAUAGUGAAAGUGAUUAUGAGUAUGAGGAGGAAGAUGAAGGGGAAGAAGGUGAGGAGAGUUGCAGUGAUUUGGAGGCGGGGAGAGAUAGCAGUAUGGUUGAGAACAGUAUCAAUGGCAUGUCAGAUAGCAACUAUGAAGAGGAGCUUGUGAAAGAAGUUGAACUGCUUUUGGGGCCAGAAGAAAGAGCCACUCUGCAACAGAAUGACACUCCUCAGACAGACAAAAUAUUAACUGAAAAAUGGAACCCUCUUCAUACUCUUGCACUAGCAGGGCAGAUGCAGUUUAUGGACCAACUCCUUGGAAAUGGCCUCAAUGUGGAUAUGGUUGAUAAGGAUGGAAGAACUGCACUUCACUAUGCAGUUAUUGGUAAAAGAGAGGCCGUCAUCAGUCAUCUUCUACGAAAAGGCGCCAACCCUCAGGCUAGAGACCUGGAUGGUGCCACGCCACUCCAUUAUGCAGUUCAAGUUGGAGCAAUGCAAACUGUCAAGCUAUUGAUUAAUAAGUACAAUGUUGAUGUCAACAUUGCUGACAAUGAAGGCUGGACAGCACUCCAUGUUGCUGUACAAAGUAGAAACAGAAACAUAGUGAAAGUUUUGCUAGUCAAUGGAGCAGACAAGUCGAGGAGGAAUAAGGAUGGGAAUACAGCCCUUGAUCUGUGCUUAUGUUAUGGGAAAGAUUUCAAGUCGUACGAUCUAGCCAAGUUAGUAAAGCUUGUACCAGCCGAGAGUGCGCCAAUAUUUGGAUGAAGCCAUUGCAGAACUUGCAAGUGCUAAUCAACAUUGUACGGCCAGGGAGAUUGAUAACAGGAAAAUCACCAUUGUUGGCAACAGAAGAAUUUUGGAUUAAGGACUGAGACAGUAUACAAAGGAAUCUGAAAAUCUCUGAUCGGAAACAGGAGAGUUUCCGGUGGCAUCAACGGAGGGAUCUUCAUCAAGAAAAUAAUCGUCGGAAGAGUUCGAGGAGUCUAAUGAAACAGGAUUAAUGUCGUCAAUGGGAGAAUUAAGGAUGGUUUCUUCUGAACUCUAUAGAGGUUUCAUUAAGUAGGAAUUUUCAAUGGAAGAGCUGUUCUAGAUGUUGUAUCAUGCGAGAUAAUGAUAGUGCAAUACAAAGAUUAAUUACAAAGAAAA